AACAUGCUGCUCGGACGGACCGGAACCGGACGUCGGGAGUUCACCGGACCGACACCGAACUCAGUGGCUGUGAGAGCGAAGCCGCCUGCGGCCCACAUCAGUCUGCACACACAGAAACGGGACGCGGCCCAGCAGCUCCUCCAGUUCACCAAUCAGCAGCGGCGCAGCGACAUCCAGGGGGCGUGGCUUCAGAGCUCCGAGCGACGCUUCGUCAGAGACGAGCUGCAGCGAAGAGUCCAAGCUGCAGUGAAGCAGCAGGAGGCGGGACUGCAGCAACGCAGGCUCAGACUCGGCCUCCUGCUGCAGGAGGAGGAGCUGCAGCUGCUGCAGGAGCUGGAGGAGAAGAAGGAGACGCCAGAGGAGAGACGAAUGAAAAUGAAGGAGAAAGUUGAAGCUCUGAGGGACCGAAGGGAGACGGAGCGGAAGCAGCUGGUGUCGGACAGGAUGGAGCUUCUGUUCAGGGAGCAGUGUGAGGAGCUGCGCAGCGAACAGGUGAGGCGGCGACGGCAGCAGGUGAGUCGGGAUCAGGAAGCUCAGGUGAAGGUCAGGGAGGAGCUGCGGCUUCGGCAGCAGCAGGAGGAGAAGCUGUUCCACCAGCUGAUGGAGGCCGAGCGACGGGCCGGAGAGCAGCAGGAGAACCGGAGAGUCCAGAGGAGGAGGCAGGAGGACGAGCAGCAGCUGGACGUCCUGAAGAAGCAGAUGGACGAAGCUGAGCAGCAGAAGCAGCAGCACAAGCAGCUGAAGGAGGAGGAGAGCAGACUGCUGCAGCAGCAGCUGCAGCUGCAGCGUCUGCAGCAGCAGCGGCAGCAGCAGCAGAAGCUUCAGGCUCAACAGAACCGACGGCAGCAGCUGGAUCAGGAUCUGCGGCUGAAGAUGAAGCGACUGUCCAGAGAGCGGCGAGCAGAGCUGCAGCUGGACAUGGACCUCCUGCAGCAGCUGCUGCAGCAAGACACCGACGAGAAGCAGGAGGCGACUGACAGGAAGGUGCGGCUGCGUGAGGAGCAGCUCAGGUACCGGCAGCACCUGUCUGAGGAGCUGCAGAGGCAGCAGGAGGAGGACGAGGAGACGGAGCUGCUGCUGGACCAGAAGCUGGAGGAGUUGUGGAUCAAGAGAGACGAGCAGAACCGGCUGCAGAGGGAGGCCCGACAGAGGCUGAUGGAGCAGGUGAUGGAGGCCCGACGCCUGCAGGUCCAACAGAACCUUGACCAGAACCUGCAGAACCAAGCUGAGCUGCUCAGAGACGGAGAAGAACUGAAGCGACUGAUGGAGGAGACCAGGCUGCAAGAGCAGGAGGUCCAGAGACGCCGGCACCAGAUGGAGGUUCGGUACCAGGCAGAGCUGCAGGACCAGAUCCGGCAGCAGCAGCAGCUUCUCUGUGAGCAGAAAGUUCAGGAACAGAAAGAACUUGAGCAGCAGCGCAACCUGCAGCAGCUCCAGGAACACAAGAAGCAGCAGAUCCUGUCCCGACCCGCUGCUCACAGCGCACAACCACAUCCGUUCAGGAGGCCCGGCUGGUCCAGGUGGUCCAGAUCUGCACCCCAACACCAGCUGAGCCCAACCCAGAACUGAUCCAGAACUGUCCGCUGCCCACCAGAGUGUUUCAUUAAACAGAAGUUUUGAUCUGCAGUUUACGGUUCAACUGAUCUCUGAGUGGAGUUUCUGCGUCUCAUGUUCCUCCAUUUCUUCAUGACGCUCUGUUGGAAGAACUCAAUAAAUAACUUUUAAACCCGCA